AUGAUCAAGAUGAUCAUGACACAAGCCGCCUCUUUGGAACGUCCAAAAGUUCAGCGAGCAAUGUUCGCCAUCCUGGGUCAGGACUACAAAGGAGGAGGAAAUCUUCUUCGAGACCGAUGGAAUCGCUCCAAUUCUGGAAAGGGCCGGUCCUACUUCGCCGGCGACGAUGAAAGCGCAGCAGAAUGGGGCGAAGAAGACACCUACUAUGAGGAGGAGUCAGAUCCAAAAGGAAGAGGCCGCGCUGCUUUGGCUGCCGCUUGCGUGCGCUGUGGUUCAACCUCUCACAAGACAGCGCAGUGCGCUCAGCAAGCAACUCCGAAGCCAUCAACUACCUCUUCAGGCAAACGCCAAGCACAAUUGAGCUGGGAACCUUCCUUCGAUCUGCAACUGGAUGAGCAGCUUGGUGACCGCGGCUCAUACGAUGAGUUCCUGACCGAAGAAGCCAUCUACCAGGUUGAGGACAACCUCAUGCCACAGUUCACCGCGCCGCUGACCACGAAGCAUUGGAAGACCUUGGAAAUUCUGAACAACUUGUGGAGAAGCCAGAAUCUGUUGAACGCUCUGGUGCAGGGCCUUUUUGCCAAGUGUUCAGGGAGUGUGGGGCUCUCUACACGAACCCUUGCCCUGCAAGGAAGAAUGCAGCUUGUGAAUGCAGCGAUCAGCAUCUCUACACCCCCGUGCUCUGACCCAAGCCCUGGGCUGGGAAGGUGGGCCUGCUGGGCUGCCACCCAGCAGGCCCACCUGGCAGGAUUGAUCAAGCGUUCUGAGCAUUGGAAAAUGCUGCUGAGAGAAGAGUUGUCAGCUGAUGAAGGACCUGACUCCAAACGAAGACGCAUUGAGGAGACUCCCAUCGAUGAUGACAUGGAGUACAGACCCUCAGAGCCUCCAGAACCAUCGGAAACAACAGGCAAUCCUUCCUUCCCGGCACCGGCUCCAGAACUGACAGAGUCCUCAACACCUGGACAAAUGCAAAUUGAGCCUCGUGACCCUCGUGAACUACCUCCUGUACCAGAGCUCUCUGAGUUUGAUGAACAGUCCGAUCAGCCAGAACCUUCUUUGGAACCAGAGCCACCGACAGUGCCUCACACUCCAGUGAACUUGGACCCAGUGACCUCCGAGGCAUUUCGCCCACCACCAGGUCCUGAAACCUUUCAACAGCAGCGUCUUCGACUGGAUCGGCAAGAAACGUUAUCCUUUGGACCUCAACGACCACGACACCAUGAACAGCCGAGUCCAUAUCAGAAACCUCCGGGUGAAGCUGUUGAAAUGGCCUUCGAAGUACAAGACCUGGAUCAGUCACGACUGCCAUCUGGCUGGGUCUUCAACAAAGCCACUCACAACCUGGAACUGAAGCACAAGUUGGCUGACUUCUGGGAAGUCAAAGGUGGCUGCCUCAUCAGACACCACAUCCGACCUCGUUCAAAGAAGUUCACUCCUUCAGAUCAAGCUGAUCUACCUGUACCGAUCGAGCACCUGGACAACAUCCGGGUCACCAUCUUCAGAGAACAUGGACAAGAUCCGUCUUCUACCACCGACCACUUCAAGACUGAGAAUGUGUUCCGGCAACACUCCAAGGAAGCUCCAAAGAAGCUGCCAUCGAAGUGGACAGGUUGCACCAUCUUUCAGAUCAAGGCCGAAACCCGUCGUGAAUUGGGUAUGACAGCCACCAUGUCCACAAGCUCUCCAACCUCAAUCCGGCCUAUUCGAAAGGCAGCUCAGCAAGUGAAGACGCAGCAACUGCGCGACAUCAAGAAGGAAAAGUCUGAGAUCCGCGAGAAGAAUCUCACCCAAGCUGAGCAGCAGUUGUUCUAUGAGGAAGAACCACACGAAGAGGAACUGGCUCUCUUGGACAGUUCGCCUAAUGAGAACUUGGCUGCAAGGUCUGGCACCACAACCUUGAGAUCCCCGAUGGCACUACUGAUCUUCUUCACCCAGCUCAAGGCUGUUACUGCAGCGCAGAUGGAUGAUGCAGGAGUCUGCACUAUGGAUGAUGACCCCGAUACAGGAGGGUACUUCCUCAGGUGCUUGGCGCUCUUCAUGCUGAUCACCAUCCUCAUUCUGUGCUACCUGUCCUACAAGCUCGGAAGAUUCCUGGAGCGUAAAAGCCAGGUUCGUGACCUGACGGUCAAACUUCGUGUUGCAAAUGCUCGCAACCAGCGACACUUUGAUGCCGCCUUGGACGAGCAGAACCUUCAACUGGACCACCGAAUGACUCCGAAUGUGGUCAAUGGCCUGAGCGGCGCCACCCUCGCUCAGGACAUGGGAAGCUGGCUCUUGGAGAAGAAACUGCAGAACUCCUCGGCUGCCUUGAAGGAAGCAGAAGCCGCGGAACAACGUGAAGUGACGGCAAGGAUCGAUGCUCUGAAGGAGAAGAAGCACCAGCAAGUGGUGUCCGGCCAGUCAGCUCAGGAGCGCUGCUUGGAGAACUUUGCCUCCUGCACAGCUGGAUUGAUGGCGCUUCAAGUCCAGCAGUGGAUGGAUUUACUACAUAUCUUCAACAGGUUAUUCAUCGCCUUGGGCAGCAUCGCCUUGGGACUUCUCUUGCUGCUUCUGCCAGCAGAGGGCCAGGCCGUGGCUUUCGCUGCAUUUUCUUUGCUCGCCCUACCCGUCCUGGUGAGUGAAGCCUUUAAGGAUUUUCUGCGUUUGGUUGGAUCACCUCCAGCAGUGCUGGUGGGGCUUGCAGGGCUCCUCACCCUGGUCAUUGCAGUGGCCUUCCUUUGGCAAGGGGCAGACGGCCUGCGGCUGCUGCUUGGCGCAGGGCUAGCGGUGGCUUUUGGAGAUUUGCUUUUGGUUGUGAACCAAUUCUGGUUGCCUUCGCUGCCAAUCCUGAUGGCCUUGGUUGCCCUGGGUCUUGGUUUCUGUGGAAGUGCUUCAGGACUAUAUCGGCAGCAAGCCACACAAGCCUUUGCUAUGGCGAUGCCUGCAGCUUUGCUGGUUGCGUCGGGCGCCAUGCUCCUUUUCUGCGCGCCAUUGAGCGAGGCGUAUUUGGAGGAUGUCGCUGCGGCCCUUAUGCCGACAACUCGGCCUCUCGAGGGUGAGAAGCUGGGUGGAUUUUUCUGCGAGUGUGGCCGCCUCCUGUGGUUGCUUCUCCAAUUGCCAGCCCUUUUUCGGCUUUUGACAGCGUCAGCCGAUGUCCCGUCUAUUUUUCCCUGGCGAUCCGAGUUCGCGGAGCAAAAGGUGGAACCGGAGGCGGCACAAACCAAACACUCCAGACAAUCGGAUGCCGAGACCGGGGAAGCCGCAGAAGAGGAGUUUUGGACUAACGAAGUGGCCGCGCGGCAGGCUGCACCCCCUCCAGCGACGCCUCCGGCUGCUCCAGCCGAGUUGGAUCCCGUGGCCACCACCCAGCUCUUGCAGCGCACAGUGGAUGCGCUCCAAGCCUUGGAAAGAGCAUUGCCACCGCGAGCUGAGGAAAUGCCACCGCCUACGCAUUUGGCUCCAAGCGGAAAUGGACGCUGA